UUGAGCGUGGUUUAGAUUGGCCGGAAGCGCGCGGGGACUGCACAGCAUGGUUAUCUUCAGCACCUGCACACCGCCGCCAUAUAGACCCGCGUUAUCGGAAUAUUGGCUCUGGGACUGUAAAUUUCAGCUUGCCAUGGGUAAAAUCACCAGAGUCAGAACAGGAUGCUGGACCUGUAAAAAACGGUAUGUUCGAGUGUGGGUCACACCUGGAAGAUUAGCAUGGCCUGUAGUGCUCUAAGCCAUGCCAGUUACCACUGUUCUUUACUAACAGCCAGACACCGCAAGUGCGAUGAGGGAAAGCCCCAUUGCAACAAUUGCCUUUCUACCAACCGGCCCUGCGAGGGGUAUAAGAUGAGGUUACUUUUCGAUACCGACAGUCUGGUGCUGAAGGAAAAAGCGGUUUUGAAGAAAAGAACGAAAUCCUUUACACACCAUGAUGCAUUUGUCCGCGGUGGAAAUCAAAUGAUGAUGAACAGCACUCCAAUGAUACGGGCGGUCACUCUGUUGGAGUCCCAAGAGUCGUCUCUAGAGCUCAGCUCUCAUAGCAUGUCUUCCACAAACUCUGUGAACGAAUCUGUGCUCGAAAGCUCUGGACAAACACAGAAGUUCCCGGUGAAUGUUCAAAACCAACCAACAAACCGUGAGCGACUAAAGCUCGAGAUGGAUUCCGGGAUGGAGGCAAAAUCUCCGCUCAGCCAGGCUUUUGGUGAUCUAUUCUUGGCACACCGAAAUGCAGAAAGGCUUGCAAACAUGCCCCUAGAUACAGCUCUCUCGGACAUUUUUGCCACGCCACAUGAGACCGACACUCCUGAGAGCACUAAUUCCCAAUCUUUCACGAAUUUUGAUGCGGAGCUUCUUCAAUUGAUUGGGAAAACGCACGUAUUCGAUGACAGCUUGACUUCUCCCCCUGCCAACGCAUCACUCGUGAUGUCCCAUCAGGAGGAAAACCGUAUGUUGAAGCACUUCUUCAAAGACCUUCUACCAUUACUCGAUGCACAUCCUAAAUCACCCUGGCCUGCCUUGGCCCUCCAGUACUGUGAUUUUGAUGUGGCAAGGAGUUGCUUUAUCUCGCUUGCGUGCAUUCAUAUAUAUGAAAGCAGAAAGGGAGGAAACGAGUAUUACGACAAGGGAAUGGCGCACAUCCACAGCACAAUGACACAUCUCAUCGACUCCAUUUCAAGCUCGACCCCAUCGUCUGAUUCACCGGAGAGCAUUUCUGAAGCAAGCAACAAGAUGCGCAUCCAAUCAUUUGUGAUCUUGGUGUUAAUGAACGUUCACAUUCUCUUCGCAGUUCUAGAAAAAGGCAAAUCUUCGCUUUCUAGAUACCUCUUCAAGGUGUUUGGCUCGGUUUGCCAAAACAACGAUUUCUAUCGAUCGUUGAUGAAAAACGAAAGCAAGGGAUCCCUCGUGGUGGUGCUCUCUUGGUACGAUACCGUGAGUGCCAUGGUGUCGCCUGAUUGUAGGCUUCCCUACUGUAGCCCCGACUGGUACGGAUCCUACCAAGAUGUGAUUUCAACGCUGAAGAUGAUGGGUUGCCCCGGCGAAAUCUUCCGAGCGCUUUCGGAGGUGUGCUUUCUUCGGCACGAGAUCCACAACGGCACCAUCACCGACGACGAGGACUUCGAGGCAGAAAUAGAUACUAUGAAGAGGCAGUUGCUUGACUACAGAGACUACAUUGAUUUCAAGGAUGGAGAGGACUACAGUUUGCGGUUGAAAGGUGCCCAGUGCUGGAGCUUGGCGGUGUACAUUUCAUUGCUCCGGCUCUUCAGAACCGAGCAGCGACGUGUGGCCAUCCGAGCUGCGGUGAACGAAUUCAUAGACGUCUAUGGCUCCAUGCCCAGCGAGUCGCCAAUAGUGACACAGAUGGUGUGGCCCGUCUAUGCGAUCGGGUGCGAGUGCACGACGGCUUUCGAGAGAAACAAGCUUCUGCAGUUCAUGGACACGUUGUACGAGACGGCGCAAAUGGGCACAUUGGCGUCGUUGGGGUGGGUCGUGCGGCAGGUGUGGCAACGGGGUGUAUCGCAGGAAAAGGUUCUUAGCGAGUGGCUAGAGGAGGGUGUCGACUACCUUCCCCUCUGACGACACACACAUACGGGUGGAUGGAUCAUAGAUAUCAUUACACAUGAGCAUUCAUUCUUAUACAAUAAAAACAAACCGGGAGGGUUGCGCAAAUUGCUUACAAUUUU